UCUUAAAAUAACAAUUCUAAUAUAAAUUGCAAUCCUGUAUGUUAUCCAAAGGCGUGAGAACUGUCACUUUUGCUUUGUAAAUUAUUUAUCGUAAAUCAAAUAAUAAGAGCUUUGAAACACAUAAUUUCUAGAUAAACUCGUUUUUAUUGUUUUGUUUAUAAAUUGCACCACUUGUUUAUAACUCAUUAUUUCUAAAUAGUAUGAAGAGGCGGACUGAAAUGAAAUCUCUUUUUUGACAUUGACCGAUUUCUAUAUAGGAGUUAUAUAUUGAAAGCAAGUACCAAUAUUCUUCUGUGUUGUCUACAGCGAAUUAUUAAAACUUGAAUGGCCUCAACAGCACCGUUAUUAGGAAGGUGGGCAUGGUUAUUGUUUGUGUGAAAGCAAGUUUCAUGAAGAUAUUUCACUGUGUACGCAAGGCACAACAGACCUCAUUCCGUUCUGAUUAUAGUAUACGAGCAUACGAAAAAUGUGAGAAAAAUGUCACCCUUACACCAAAACACCCCUGCUAACAGGGCUACUCCAUGGUCAAAAACAAGCUAGCGGUUUUGUUUUUUGUUUCGGUUUUUGUUUACCAGUGGUUACCAGGACGACGAAUCAUUUGAUGUCAUUGACGCUGUCAUUGUCACAACCAGAAAAACUAAACGCGCACAAAAAAUCAGCAGAAAUAACAAGCGCAAAUAUAAUUUCAAAAUAAUAAGAGUAAAAGAAAAUGGAAAUAUCAGAAUUAGUCUCGGCACGUAAAUUUCGCGACUUUAAUACGAAACAAAAGGAGGAAUUAUAUGAAACUUUACUGCAGCUAAUUGUGUCCAUAGAAGAGAUACCCAAGAAGUCUUUACGCCGCACUUUGGAAGUCUCCUUGGCUGUAUUGCAGUAUAAAGGCGAACAGGUAGUAACCUUAAAGUCGCAACUAGAAGAUAAAGAGAGCAGUGAUGAUGAUAGAUAUAACGAACGGUUGGUGGAUGAGAAUGAAAGACUUAAGGUUAUGUUGGCAAGACUCGAUGAUGAAAAAACAGAGCUGAAAGCCAAAGUCAAGCAGCUUACUGAAGAUAUUUUUCAACUUCAAAAACGCUUACAAGAGGCCGCUCAAUCUGCUGCAAGCGAGGUUAGCGACAAGGACUCCUCCGAUCCACUAUCAGAGUUGGACAAACAAGAGGAUCUGCUACGAAAUAUCAAUUCAAAGAAUAAGCACAUAAAACGUUUACUGCGCGAAAUAGAGGCGCUUCAAAAUCAAAAUAUCGCCCAGUCCAAAACUAUCAUCGAAUGUGAAACAGAGUUGCAACAGAACAAAACAAAGCUGCUACAACUUAGCGCUGAUGUAACCCUUGUCGACAGCGAACGGAAGGCGUUAAAAGAAACCGUAAAUGAACUUAAUAUUGAAAUUGCCCGCCUUGAAGGCAAUAUUACUUAUCUCGAGGAAGAACGGGAGAAAAGUGAAAGAGAUUUGAAGACUUUCAUUGAAAAGCUAGAAAUCAAAGCGCAAUCAUGGAAAAAUAUGUUGGAUAUGAAGGAUAAGGAAGUGAAAAAGCUGCGCGCGCGUCUCGAAAUAGUUGGAGAAACGGCAAGCCUGUCGGAGAAUACACCGUGCCCUGAAAAGUAUGCUCUAGGAAAAAAUACCAUUAAUAGCGAUAACGAUGAGGAAACCACCAAGCUUUUACAUGCCCUCGAAUCACGCGAUAAACAUAUCGAGUCUCUUGAGUCCAAGAUUAAAUAUUUGGCCGAAGAAAUGAUGUCUUCCACAAGACUAAUGAACCAACUAUCCGCCGAAAAGGAAGAAGCGCGUAAUCCAAAUAAAAGUCGUGCCUGCUGUAAGACAAUUGAGGAAUCUCUUCAAGCGGCAAAUGAACGUUGUCGCGAACUCUCAGAAAUGUUAGAGCGUAGUGAGGAAGAUAAUGCGCUUAAAUCCAAACAAGCACUGCAAGCAAUUUCAGCACUGGAUGCCUACCAGCGAGGCGAGGAUGGUCUAGUAAAGGCAUUACGUAAGUGCACUGCACUGGAACAGAAGGUGAUCUCACGUGACAAACAAAUACGCGCGCUUAUAAUGGAGCUCAAUUCGAUGCACGAAAUAGCACAUGAAAAUGGCAUAUUGCGCAGACGUUUGAAUAUACCUGAUGACAUGGUGAUAUCGGCGAAAAACUUGGUAGCCAAAGAACGCAACAAAGAUAAAAUGAUAGAAAGGUUGACUUUGAAGCUGCGCGCCUCAGAGGAAAUGCGUCUUCAGCUGAAGUUAGAGAAGAGUGAUUUAAGGAAGGAGUUGUUGGCGUCACAAAAGCAAUCCUCAAAAUCCGCUGAAGCUGAAGAAGAAAGAGCUACAUUGGACAGUCUGCGCAUUCCUAGUGAAGUCGGCGAAGUUACAGAUAGUGUAAAUGCGAACAAUGGCGAAAUCAGUGCACAGGUUAAGUUCUGCACGAACUGUAAAUUGUCACUCGAUGUGAAUAUACCAGAUGAAUCCAGUGCGUUUAUAGCCACCAGUCAACUGAAAUAUCAAGAUGUACUCGAUGAAAAUGACACUCUGCGGGCUGGCAUGUUUGAGAUCCUAGAAAAGCUACGUGAAUAUGAUGCUUCCUCCGAUCACAUCACCAUCGACACGGAAAUGCUCUACCGACUGCUCGAAGCAUUGCGCACUAGUUCGGUGCCAAAUACGCCGAAACGACUGCAGAAUGAAUUACAAGCUUUAAAAGCACGUGAAGAGGCUUUACGUACACUAAUAAAAGAGCAACCACAGCAAACACUGGCUGCGGAAGAAACAGACGAACUCAGUUCUGUGGAAAGCAUGCGUGAAGGUAGCGAAUUACGCAAAGGCUUUGAGGAAGAUUUAACUUUCAAUUUACCUCAACCAUUGGACUCUUCCACGCGUCCGACUACGCCGAACAAGAAUAUUGUACAGAGCGAGCUACCAAUAGUAGAAGUUGGUUCAACGGUGGGCGAUGCCGACUCACGCGAUCUCGAAUUGCAAAAAACCGAAUUGAAAAUCUACCGUCAGGCUUUUGAAGAACUGCAACAGCAAAUGAAAGCAAGUGACAUCGAACAGUCACGACAUUUAGCAGAAUUGAGUAAACAACUUGUCAGUGUACAGCUAGAGCUUAACAAAGAAAAGAGUUCUUAUGCUUUCAUGCGCGAAGAAUAUGACAACACGCUAAACGAUUCCAAACGAAAUGAGUUGCGUUAUAUCGAACAUGUGGCAACAUUACACAAGGAAUUGAGCACCCUCAAGGAUAAAUUGACUUGUCUCGAAGUACAGCACACACAUCUAGUGAAUGCCGGAAACUACAGCAAGGAAGACUACUUACAAGUAGUAGCAGAGAAUACAAACCUUAGGGCACAACUAGCGUUUAUUAUUGAACAGCUUUUGGCGGGCAAAUUGAACGAUGAGCUUCGCGUUCCGGACAUAUGUGCAGAUUACGGUAUCAUAGAUGAAAGUCUACAGUUGGACCAUUUAACCGUUGAGGAAUAUCAAGGGUUACAAACGGCACUAAACGAGGCACAGCAGCAACGAGAAGAAUCACUGAAAAAAUCAGCACAACUAGAGAGAUUACUGGAGAUUGCACAAUGCCAGAUACAAUCACAACAAAAGCUUUUGAACGAGAUCACAGAUAACCACGUUAACUUGCGACAUCUAGUCGCCGAUCUGCAGAGCAAUACGGAAGAAAAGCUACUGUUGGCGAAAAUGCAACGGGAACUUGACAAUGGUAAACAGGAGCUGUCGAAUUUGCACUUUGACUUUGACCAACUGAAGCAAAGAUGCGCCCUCUUAGAGCGUGAUGUAAUCGCAAAGGAACAAAAGUCAGUCGAACUAUCCGAACGUUUUCAAAAGGAAUGUCAUGCCAAGGAAGUAAAAAUUAGGUUUCUACAAAAGUCACUUUUUACCUUGCGGGAGAAAUAUGCUAAAUUUACACCUCUCAUCUUCCUGACAAACUAUAUUUUUGCAUAUACCAAAUUUGUGAAGAUGUCUCUUCGAAAAAGUGAAAACACUAAAGAGGACGAGUUCAUAGAGUUUGUUAAAGAUUCAGUUAUCACUAAAUUAAAACCCGAUAAUGGAGUCGUGGAUGAGUCACAUAAUUUAAUUAAGAUCAUAAAGGCAGAAACACAAUGCAAGAUACUAGAAGGAAACUUACAUGAUCUGCAAAAGCGUUAUGAUUCCCUGCAUGAAGAGCUGUUGGAGCAACGAAUAAGUUCCGCGAAAGAAACGGAACACUGGCAAACAAUUUCAGCGCUUUUUCAGAUAAAUGAAACGGACAACAGCACAAUAACUCCAGCUGAUGAGAAAGUUAAAGAAAAGGAUACUUUAAUUCCGACACAGAAUAAUGUAGCCACCAAUACCGAAACCCCGGUACCAGCUGAACGAAAGUUAUCGACAAGCACAACACCAAAUACAGUCAGGAGGAAAUCAACUGCGGAAAUAUUAGAUAAAAAUCUCUCGCCCAUCGGCUCGCCUGUACGACGUAUAGAGAAGACAGAUGCCACAACGCAAACAAGUGUGGUAAAAGAAACAACAAGCUCGGGUGAAGUCAAGAAGGAAGACCAUGAAAUGUCGGAUAAAUUGAUGUCCAGAGACAGUGAAGCCACUAACUUGGAGCCUAGUUGCAAGGAGCCAAUACAUCAAGAGAUCUCUACAGAGCAAGAAGAGCAAACAGCGAAGCCUGCUGUUGCUGUGUUGAGUAAAGAAACUAUAGACGCCAUAGUACAAACACCCUGCAAUGAGAUGGAAUGCCAAAGUGUGCAAACCGAAACUUCAAUGACGACGAAGCCGCAAGAUGAAAACUCGGCCAAAGUACUUGAACAGCGUAUUAUGGAAAUGAAAGAGCAAAUGCAAAAACGAGAUAUUGAUCUGAAGGAGUGCAAGAAUGCACUUUUGACAUCUAAUAAACGCAUUGAAGAACUCCAAGGUGAGCUGCAUAUAUGUAAGUCUUCGAAGCAGCAAGGAAGCGAAACUAUAGCAACUGCUGAAACGGCAUCGAAGAGCGAUAUCAUUGAAAAAACAAUACUCUCAUUCCAAACAUUACUUAGUGAAAAAGAUAAAUCCAUAAGCAAAUAUCAAGAUCUCUUACAAACCGAACGCGAGCAAGUUCAAAUUACCACUACGAAGCUCAACAAUGACAUAGAGGAUCUAAAGAACACAAUUACGAAUUUAAACUUUAACAUCAAAACGAAAGAUAUUGAAAUACUCGAAUUAAAGACUAAACUGGAGGUUACGAGUAUACGAAGAAAUUCUGCAGAAAAGCUUGAUCUUGCUACAGGCGCAGUUGGCGGUGGUGGUGAAGAUAGCGGUGAUAAUAGUUUAAAUGAGCUGACUGAUGAGAAAAUCGAAGAAAUGUUCCAACAAGAGCCUGCUGGAGUAACAGAUGGUACGCCCAAAAGACGAGAGCCUGAAUCCUCAAAGGAAGAGAAUAACGAGCAGUUAGAGAAGCAGGACACAGAGUCAUUAAAAGAGACAACAACAUUGCUUAAGCAAAUCAAAGAGUUGAAGGAGAAAGCCAGCUAUUGGGAAAAAGCAUUAUCAGUUAAGGACGAAGAACUAACAUUACUGAAAGAGAAGGUUAGUCUUUAUGAGGAGCGUGAAAAAGCAUUGGAGUGUUCUGUGAAUCCGGAACUUGAGCAAAUGAGAACGCUGCUGGAGGAGAAGGAGAAGCACAUCAAUGACCUGACGGAGACGCUUAAUAAUUUCCAUGAUGACCAACAACGCUUUAUUAAAGAUUCUUCCAGCUAUUCGGCGGACCAGAUAGCCAAACUACAUGCCGAUCUUACACGCACUGAAGCAACAAACAAAAUUUACCACACACAAGUCGAAGCACUACGACGACAAAUCACCAACUUGACACAGAGAGAGAAGCAAGCACGGGAGCAGAAUCAGUCACUUCGCAAUCAACUCAUAAAACGACCUGUGGUAUCCAUUAAAACCGAACUGAACGCGCGGGUUAAAACGGAAAACCUGCAAAAGAGAAUACAGACACUCGAACUGGACCUGGAGGAUGCACGCACACAAAUACAACGGCAGCAGAUCGCACUCGAAGCCAAACGCGCGAAAUGUGCUUCCGAAGUGGGUUUGUGGGAGAAACAGAAACGCUGGCAACAGAAUGCCGAGAAAUUCAAAGCUAAAUACGAGGAGACAGAAGGCACUUUGGAGAAGACGCGUGCACUUUUGCAGUCAGCACGCAACAUGAUCGCUCGCUUGGAGAAGGAGAAGCAAGCACACGAGCUAAGACACGGCCGAACAAACCAAAAUGCGGGAAUGCAAGCCAUGAAAUGCUGUCGCACACCGUCUUGCCCGAAUCUGCAACCCGGAGGCUGCAAGUACACACCGUCAGAAAGUCCGGAAACAUAUACUGGCGCAAGCAGCGAAUGCAGUUCCCCAAUCCACAGCGCGAUUAACCGUCAUAAGCAUAUCGAAACACAUUUCUACGCGGCGACAGCACGAUUAGUCGACUCUGCGACAGAUAAAAAUCAACCGCAUGCGGAGUUGAUUGAGGCGCUUAAAGCGCGGCUCGAACUGCAGCAGCGUAAAAUUCUUGCCAUGGAGCUGGAGGGCAAGGGCAACAACGCGCUCACGAUCGAAAUGGAGAAGUUACAGGAGAAAUUGUCAGAGAUUGAAGCGCAGAAUAUACGUUUGGAGGCCAAAAAUCUGCAGCUGCAACUUGACAAUGAUCUGCUACGACAGGGCGAUGGAACAGAGCGUUUACAAAAGCGCAUCAAAUAUCUGGAGGAUUACAUAAUUGCUCUAAAAGAGGAAAUGGCGCAAUCUGAGGCACGCCGUGAAUUAUGUAAAUGUUCGGGUAUCAAAGUGAACACGCAGCUGGGUCAGUCAGCAGAGCAAACCAUACUUUCAUUACGCGGUAUUGUGGAGAAGCUGCGCUCAGAAAAUAAAUACCUCAAAGACGGGCGACGAUCGUGUGAAUCUCGAAGUGUACAUGAAUCAUCGAAUGCGGAUUUAUGUAGGUUACAAAAAUUGUACUCGGAAUCGCUGGAUAAGGUGGCUGCUUUGCAGGACGAGUUAAAUAAGAAGGCGAAAUGCAAAAUUUGCAGCAAGAAUAUCCCACACCCUAAUGACGAGCUGGCUUUCAUUAAGGAACAACUUAGUAAAAAAACACAACUUUUGCAAAAAGCGAAAGUUCUACUUACACGUGCGGCAGCCAAGGAGAAGGUACUAAAGGAGCAACUGUUACUGUGGAAGCGUAAAUGCUCUGAACUGCAAAAUGUACCCGUUAUAGAUGAGAUAAGUGAAUAAUUACACAGUUCCGCUUCAGUAUGAUUUUAAGUUAUUAGUUUAGUUCAUUGAUGUUAAAUUCAUUGGAGUUCAUAAUUUCGACAUUAACGAUAAUAUAAAUCAUGUAUUUACUGAUUUAAAACCAGUUGCUCAUUUCAUUUCCACUUCAUUGGGAUGAUAUUUUAAUAUUAAUGUUAAUGUGGUUGGCAUAUUGACAUCACUGACCAUAAUGCUCGCUCCAUCAUAAAGCCCCAACUCAGCCAGAGACAUCGUGAGAUUUGCACGUGUUUGUAGCUCUAUACUCUUAACUGCUGAUAUAUACAGUGUUUUAUUUUUACCAUCUAUGAUGGUAGUUAAGCCUGUGCAAUAGAAACCAUUCGUUAUUGUCUCCAUUUUAAAGAUGCUUUGUUGAAUGCUUACCUGGACUCUUCAAUUGAAAGCGCUGACUUUCACAAAGUAUUUUAAUUAAAUCAUCAAGUGUGGUUGUGUUCGGGUCAUCGACAUUCAAAUCUUGCGGUGUAUUGCUGCAAGCCAAGCAAGUAUCACUUUUUUCCGGUGGGUAA